GACGUCCCUUAGUAUCCAAGGAAAAAGAAUUUCUUGGAAGCCUGCCUGCCUGCCUGCCUGCCUGCCUGAGUUUUCUCUUUUAAUUCAUUCAAUUCGAAUAAAAUUCAAGCACCUUUGUAAAUUGUACAUGAUUUCUCUUUUCUUCUUCCUCUGCUUGUAAAUAUUUGAUAAAAUUGCAACUUUGUUUGCCUUAUUCUUUGGGUAAUCAUGGAGGAAACCAAUUGGGAAAGCCUGUUGUUUGAGUUUGACUUUCCCAAUCUUGGAAAUAUCUUACAAAAUGAAUCAGAAUCGGUAAGUCCACCAAUCUCCACCCACUCUCCCGAUGAAAAACCGAUUUGGACAUCCUCCAUUGGUGAGAUCGAGAAGCUUUUAAUGGAGGACGAUCGUUUUGAUGACAAGGUUGAGACUCAACCUAUCCCCAAUGAGUUUUUGGCGGAUUUAUUGGUUGAUUCAUCUCCUAGUGGCUGCGGCGAUGAGGUCAUCGAUGAUACUGCUUUUGACAAACAAAACCAGACCCUUUUCAACGUUGAUAAUGAUGAUCCCAUUGAUAAGAAACAGAGAAGGAAAUUGAGAAAUAGAGAUGCAGCUGUGAGAUCAAGGGAGAGGAAGAAGAUGUAUGUUAAGGAUCUGGAGAUGAAGAGUAGGUAUUUAGAAGGGGAAUGUAGGAGACUGAACUGUUUGCUUCAAUGGUCCAUUGCGGAGAAUCAAGCUCUUCGUUUUACUUUGAACCAGCGUUGUGCAUUUGAUGCUUCCUCGGCCAAGCAGGAGUCUGCUGUGCUCUUGUUGGAAUCCCUGCUGUUGGGUUCCCUGCUUUGGUUCCUGGGCAUCAUGUGCCUGUUCACCCUGCCAAGGUUGCCCAAGUCUCUUCUGGAAAACGAGGAAAAAAGAGGUCCCGAAAGAGUGGCUCAUAGUAACUUGGUGGGACAGUCUUUUGCGGAGACUAGGAGAUGCAAGGCAUCAAAGACAAAGAUGAAAGAAUUUAUGUUUCUGGAAUUCCAAUUCCAUUUUAGGUUAGGGGAUGAUGAACGGGUUUCAUUAUCAUACAAAAUGACUAGUGGUGGUGGUUCAUAUUUUGUUUCUUGACCCCGUAGGCCGUAGUCUCCUCAGCAGAUAAGCACUCAUAAUUUCUUUGUUUUUGCGUUAAACACUUGUAUUAUGUUGGUUUGUUUGCAAAUUUUAAAUUAUUAAUUGUUGCAGUUUCCUACUUGUUCAUUGUCUCUAAUGGAAUGUUAGGCUGGACCCUGAAGUCUCAACCUGCUUAUGAUUAAGAAGCUAGAAUGUAUGCUGUCUUUAACA